AUGUCUCAGUUCGUUGGGUUCUCCUGGAUAACUCUCCAUAGCUUCAUCAAAAGUUUUCGGGAGCAAAGUCCACGCUCCAAAUACAUCAAUGACUUGGUGGAGCGUAUCGGGUCUGAGACAGUGACCGGAUCGACAGUGCUCUUACAGGAGACUCUCACAAAUUAUAUACACCCUCUCAACAUGGACAUGGCCCUCACCACCAUCAACCUCCUCCGGUUCCCAUUCAACACAACAACACCUCCUGGGAACGACCAUAACAACCUCCGAUACAGACGCACCCUCACAUUGACCGAGUCGUGGAACAUUGCUGGGUAUCUCACCGAAGUCUUGAGCAACGGGAAGAGACUCCACGAGUUCCUUGAACUAGCGGAUCAAGUCAGCCAACUUGCCUUCAUCUUCGCCUCAGUCAAUGAGGCCGAAUAUUACUGGUUUAGAAUGUACUACUUGUACACCAUGGCUAAUACAGAAGAUGUGCUUCUAUUUAUUGUUAAUAUGAUCCGCCGUCGCAUGUUGCGAGCUAUCAAUCGGAACCCACCUGCAUUCUGGCUCCACGAGUUAAAGCUUCGAGCGCGAAUUCUCGAAGAGGGAUGGCGUACCAACCAGAUCCAGAUCCCAGGGGAUGAGAACCCCGCGGAUAUCGUCGAAACCUUGCGGCGCCCCCAUGAUAUCGACGUAAGGCGAUUCUUGGAGUUGGUAGAGUUGCAGCGGUUCGAGGGAACUUUCUUCGACCACGGAAUUGAGGAUCGGAAGAAACUAAAGGUUUUGAACGAACGCCUCCUCGAAUGCUCGACACCUGAGAAUCUUGGGAUUCAGGGAUCAGUCUUAUGCCUUCCUCGUAGUGACGAUAAGUACUCUAGGCAGCUGCUUUUCCAGCUUGCGGCCAUGGAUGAACAAUCGAGGCUUUUCUGGGGUUUCAAUCUCCGUUUUGGUAUGAUGGCUGGUUCGAGAAGUAUCCAGUCUCUGGGUCGAUUGAGCACUUCUCACUUGGCAUCGAUUAUUCCCGCCUCGAGAGGGAGGGGGAUCAUCAACAGGAGUGAGAAGCUUUUAGAGGCAGGGAAGAAGAAGGUCAAUACAGACAGCCACAAGAAGUAUCACCAUGCGGCAUUGGCGAUUGUCAGUAAGAAGAAGAAGAAGAAGAAGAAGAAGAAAUUGAAAAGGGUAUCCAUGAAAGUUUUAAUGAUAAAUGAUGUUUUAUGGUUGAGAUAUGUUUACCUUGGCGUAGACUAG